AGAAAAACUGAAGUAAAACGAGCACUAGAGUUUAGAACGUUGAGCGAAACGAUUCGAAAAAGCCGCGUCGUGGAAGCGCCGCGGAGCGUCAUGCGGCCGCGAAUGAAAGUAUAAUUAAUGAGCCACGGGCCACGGGCACGCUUUGGUCGUGUCAGUGUCGAUUCGUUAUAGUUAUCCGGUGUUGUCGUUGUCAGUAGGAAGCAAGAAGACUAGGAUGCGGUGUCGUGCAACGUUAGAGUAUAUCUCGUGGUCGCGACUACGUGAAAAGGUCGUCGAAGUAGCGAACGCGUCCCGUUAAAGGAAAUGCGAUAUAUCGCGUUAGAGGAGUGUAGGAUAAGGCUAACCUGAGCAAGGUGUGUUGGUGGAUAUCGCGAAGGUGAAGUGUAAAAGUGCGCGGGACUCGCAUCGAGAGCGAGUAGCGAGAAAUCCCGGUGCCAAAGGGAUAUGCACGCACACGUCAAGAUGUCGUCGGGAGGACAUAGCAGUCGUACACGAGCCGUGCACAUAGGUUCGAUAUUCCAGAAGCUUCAUGAUCGUUUUGCGGACCCUAUGACACUGCCGAAACUUUCGACCGACAAGCGGAUGUUGGACAAGACCUGGAAGCUCAUGGACAAGGUGGUGAAAUUGUGUCAACAUCAACGGAUGAAUUUGAAAAAUUCGCCGCCGUUCAUACUCGACAUCCUGCCGGAUACAUAUCAACGACUCAGACUGAUAUACAGCAAGUACGAAGACAGGAUGCAAGUGUUACACAGUAACGAACAUUUUUGUGUAUUCAUCAAUAAUCUGAUGAGAAAGUGCAAGCAGGCUAUCAAGUUGUUCAAAGAGGGCAAAGAGAAGAUGUUCGACGAGACUUCUCACUAUCGUAGGAAUUUAACGAAAUUGAGCCUCGUAUUUAGUCACAUGCUGUCCGAAUUGAAAGCUAUAUUUCCUAACGGAGUGUUUGCCGGACACAAGUUUCGUAUUACCAAGGCGGAUGCGGCCGAGUUCUGGAAAGAGAGCUUCGGAAUCAGUACAUUAGUUCCAUGGAAAGUAUUCAAGGAAAAAUUAAACGAAGUUCAUCCGAUUAGUUCUGGAUUGCAAGCUAUGGCAUUGAAGUCUACGAUAGAUCUCACGUGCAAUGACUAUAUUUCAAAUUUUGAGUUUGACGUAUUCACAAGGUUAUUCCAACCAUGGUCCACGCUUUUACGUAACUGGAAAAUUCUGGCUGUGACUCAUCCUGGAUACGUAGCGUUCCUUACUUACGACGAAGUGAAAGCACGUUUACAAAAGUAUUGUAGUACUAGACCUGGUAGUUACGUAUUCAGAUUAAGCUGUACAAGGUUAGGACAAUGGGCUAUCGGUUAUGUUACUUCGGAUGGGGAUAUUCUGCAAACUAUACCCCACAAUAAAAGUUUGUGUCAAGCACUACUCGAUGGAUAUCGAGAAGGAUUUUAUUUGUAUCCUGAUGGCCGUAAUAUAAAUCCUGACUUAACAUGGGCAGUUCAGCCUACUCCAGAAGAACAUAUAAAAGUUACGGCGGAACAGUAUGAAUUAUACUGCGAAAUGGGUAGCACAUUCCAAUUGUGUAAAAUUUGUGCAGAAAACGACAAAGAUGUAAGGAUAGAGCCUUGCGGACAUCUUUUAUGUACUCCGUGUCUAACAGCUUGGCAGGAUUCUGAAGGACAGGGCUGUCCGUUUUGUCGAGCAGAAAUUAAAGGAACUGAACAGAUAGUAAUCGAUCCGUUUGAUCCUCGAAGAACGCAUCGACCAGGAACACAAUCAACUUCCGCUAGUAACGCAUCAACUCCCACGCGGGACCUUGACCCGGACACCGAGGAAAUAAUGGAUCUAUGCAACGGUCAUUCCGGAUUAAUCUGCGAUGAUUCGGACGAAGAAGAAGAUUCGAGUCCAACGAAUUCACCUGUCUCGACGCGAAGGAUCGUGCCAAGUCCACCGCUGCCUCCUCGGCGUCCUUCGCCGUCGCCUACGCCAAAUAGUCACGCUAGAAAUGGUCGACAUUUAACCGUGCCCAAAGAAAAUGCUCCUCCGCCACCAUCAAUUGCUGCAGUUAAUGCAGCGUUCAGUUCUAAUAUUGACAAUCAGCAAAACAAUAAUAUGAACUCUGAAGCAGGAUACGACAUGUUACAUCGUGCUUCGUCGCCUUUGCCAGUGCCACCGAUACCUCCAGCGCCAUUUCCUAUAAGCAGAGCUCAUGUUCGUCGAUCGCAGGGGAAUCACGUCACCGCGUCUCAACCACAGCCACCACCGACGUUACCUGAAAAACCAAAUCGUGCCUGUGGCACAUCUUCCGCGAUUCAAACGGCAAACAGCAAUAACGUACCUCCUGUACCGCCUCCUUUGUCAGUGCCACGACCACCGAAGACAACCAACAAAGAGCACAGACAGGAUCAUCAUUACGAGAACACGAUCGUGAUACCUGGUACGAGACAGCACGUCGUGAGGAACAUUAAUCUGGAAGCGAAUACAGCUCGAUUGUCCGCCCUGAUGAGAGGUAAGGACGAUCCUACCGGUGGUUCCGCGAAGCCAGAUACCGCGGCAUACGAGAAUGUGAACGUCGAACACAUUUCCAAGCUGACGGCUCUCGGAUUCGCGCAAGACGCCGUGAUUAGAGCGCUCGGUAUUACUAGGAACGAUCUUGAAAUGGCUUGUGACAUACUGCACGAAUUUGCCACGAAAUCGUCUUGACCAGGUAUGCGUAAAAAGCAAACCUAACGAUUACCGAGUAUUCAAUGUAAAACCCUUUUCGAUAAGAGGUUACCCCGUUACAGUCUUUUCUAUACACUCACAUACUCUCUCCUGUCUCUUCUCAUUCUCUCUCUUUCUCUCUCUUUCUUUAUCUUUUUAUACUAUAUCAUAGAUUCGUUACAAUCGAAUACGCCUAAAAAUUGUUAUAUUCUGUGGCAAUAGAACGCCAAGUUGUUCGUAGUUAACACGUUCCGUAAAAUUUCAAAUUUACGGUGAACAUUUCAUUCGCGUGUUAACUUCUUAUCAAAUCUAUUUAUAUACAAAGCGUUCCGAAAUAAGUGGUAUAAUUCGAAAACUUCGGACAAAAGUUACGGAACGUGUUAGAUAGAUAUACGGGCAUAUUAGUUAAAUGGUUUUUUCCUUCUUUUUGUUGCAGGCUCGAAUAUCGAGGGCUCGUAACUGGCUCCGAUUGCCGCAUCUUUUCAUAAACAACCACGUGUAAAAAUGUGUAGAAUUUACUAUUCCGGGUUCACGGAGGAAUAGCCUUUAUCGCGAGCUUAAGCGUACCCGCGAUUCGAGCAAUAUACACUCCGAGAGAGUCGAUAAGGAGAACUCGUCGUAUUCGAUUAAUCGGCAGUACCAUCAUCGACUACGUUUGUUAAUCUUCGAUCGUUUUCGCGUACGUUGAUUCUUCCAUUUUCCUGGAAGAUGUCUCGAAAUGCUAGUGUAUUUCUUUUUUUUUUUAGACAUACGGUCACGUACAAGUUAGGUUUUCCUUCAUUAAAACAGAACUUAGUUAACACGAAAAGAAGUGUCCCACUACAUGCCAUAUUUGCCUCUAGGUUCCUCAGACUCUUUCCGAGUUUUCCCAACAAGGGAAGCAAAUAGUGCGAUGCUUCUUUAUCUGUUAUUACCUUUGGCCACAUGAAGCCUACGUUACUCUCGGAUGUACGCUAAGCAUGGGCAACUAGAACAUGGACAAUCUCGAUGUAGCGAAUAAAGACCCCCUCCCCAUAGUUCUUAAUCACAAAUUUCAUCUAUGUUAAAUACCGUGACAUAUAGUUUGUACAAUGCCUAUCGGAAAAGAGAGAAUUUAAAAUAGUACAAUAGUUCUUCCUUAACGGUCGACAUUUUUCCCCGGUCAUUCGAUGAUUUAUACCCAUUUUUCGAAUUUUCACAGGAUCUUUGGUGUAUCCUGCUCGUUUUUAAGUGGUUUUUCGUAGUUCGCGUGCCCAUGCUUGGUAUAUACAUGCAUUCAAGCAUAUACACACACACACACACACGUACACACAAACAAAACAAGACUGCUAAAUAAACAAAAAAAAAAAAAAAAAAAAAAAGAAAAAAGCUGCGAGAAGAUACGUUAAGUGUAAAUAAAGAAUUGAACUUGACGAGAUAGUUCGCAGCCAGCGAGUACAAAAUUUCUUCUUUUUCCGCGAUUGAUACAAACGACAUCGUGUACCACGCUUUUCAUGAUAAUUCUUUGAUUAUCCUCAAAGAACAACAGUGUUUUUCGAUAUACUUAACAUAACGAUGAAGUGCAACUGACCCUUCAACAACUCGGUUCUAUGUAGCAUCCUCUUUUCAAGGAUCAACUGUAUACGUUUUCAACAAUUUUUAAAGGACUCAGAUGCGCUUAGUUAAGUUUACAACGAUCACAUUGAUCGGUACCAUAAAUUGUACAGUCCGGUCAUACGCAGUGUACAUUUCUCAUAGUUAGUAGGAAGUGCGAGGAAAAAGUAUUUCACCGCUUAAAUUAUUUAUCUACGUUCUAUGUAUGCGAAGAUGAAAACUUCUGUUAGCUGUUUCUUGGAUUUUACACUCCUUAGACUUUAAGCCAUCCCUAGAUGCUAUCUAUACUCUAAACUGCUCCGGCUCUAGACUCUCCGUAGGUCCACGGUCUUAAUCUGUUCCUAAAUUAUAGGCUUUUCUUAAAAUCCUUCCUAGUUUUCGGAUCUUUGCAGAUAAAGAACGUGGUUAAAAUAAGACGCGCAGUGAGACAAAUUAAUUCUCUUACACUUCUUCGUAACUAAGAGAGACAAAGUUGCACGAAACCUUCCUAAUUGUCGUGAAUCUUCCACACUCUGUAAUAGUUACGCGAGUAGCUGAACUCUUUCCAAAUAUCAUUUACUUAUAGUUACUGAGCGAUUUUUAGGAGACGUGAAAAGAAUAUCGCGACAGUUAGGUAGGCACUACUGUAUUCUUGUUGCUCUUAAUUUCUUCUCUAAAAAAUAAAAUAUUCGUCAGAUUUUUACGAAAUAUUUCAACCUUUUGACACUCUUGUAAAAUUCAUGUUUCGUAAAACCGAAUCGUUGCACGGAAUUUCUUUCACGAUCGCAUAUAGCGACUGAUUAGCGUAUUUAUCAAAUGUGAUAUUUAUGUUUUAAACAAUCUUUGAGUACAUUUAUAUCGUAACGAUACAUGGAAAACGAAACCGAGUAUCAUCAGAACCAAUGACUUGAACUAAAUCGUGUAUAUAUAUAUAUAUAUAUACACAAUAUAUAUAUUCGCAGGACACAAUCAUACAAUUGUUUAUUUUUAAAAUUAUUUCUGCGAUUACAGUUCGUACAAUUGUAAAGUUUUUCUUGUUAAGAAAAUCUUUAUGCACGUUUAAUGGCAAUCCCAAAUAACCUUUAAUUCAACGGCUUUUAUCGCAACAAUUUUCAUAUGACGUUGACUCGUGUAAAAACGUAAAUAUGCGCAUAUGAAAUACUUUUCCUUUUUAUAUAUAUACAAUACAUAGUAAGUUUCGUUGCCAUGAAUUGUAUCCGAAUUGAUUCUACCUCGCGACUAUACUCAAAGGAACAUCGUGUUCGUUGUUCUGUACCGAACGAAGUGCGUUAUAGAGUGCCGAUUGUUAAAAAAAAAAAGGAUAU